ACUGACCACUGUUGUCAUUCACAGUGGGGAAAUGUCAUGAUUCCGAGCACCUGUCAUCCGAACCGACCCGCGUGACAGUCCAUUAAGUGGUCCGUAGCGACAACUAUCGUCCACGAAUUGGCUGCUCACCCUCCCGUUCAUUGCAUCGUAAUUCUGGACGAGGAAGCGGCCAUUCGUGUUUUAGAAGGUUGGAUUAUUAAUCAAGACACCAAUUUGGAAACAAUAGAGGAAUCCAGCGGCCAAAGCCGAUCCAACCUUUAGGAUGUUGAAUUCAAAUUAUAAAGUAUUGGUGAUUACAUUAAUUGGAAUCUUUAUCGGACAACAUCCAUCGGCCGCACAGCAAUUUGGCGGCGGUGGAUUUCAAGGCCAGCAGCUUUUCCAAGGACUACAAGAUGUACAGGGACUAAAUGGGCGAAGAUUUGGUGGAAACCAAUUUGAUGGACUGCAGCUUGGUGGCCAGUUGGGGGGCGGGCGAGGCCAGUUAGGUACACUUGGUACCAACGGUAUCGGAAUUGAUCGCUUUGGUACAGGGGGGAAUAUUGCUGGUACUCGAUUCGGAGACUCAGAGUUUGGCGGUCGCUUUGGAACUGGUAUGACUGCCACAGGUACUGGUAGAACCCGUUUCCUUGGUGAUACAUUUCAAGGCGGUAGGGGAGCGACUGCUGCUCUUGGAGGAAACAGAUUUGGCGGAAAUGGUCUCCGCCUAGGUGCUACUGGCGUUAAUGGAAUAAAUGGAAUAGAUGGGAUGAGAGCAGCGACAGUAAGAGCCAGGCUAGGCGCUAGUAGGAUGGGACAAACCUUAGGCGGUACCCGUCUCGGGACAGCAGGUACUGGACUUGGAAUUAACGGUCUAGGAACAACAGGUCUUGGCACUAGAUUCAACGGCGCCACUACUGCUCUUCAAGGAGGUAUAUUGGAUGGUGGAAUGAGAGACAAUGCGUUAGCACGCCGCAGAAUGCGUGCCAAUCGUCUAGGAGCUAACGUGGGUGGUGGUGCUCAGCGAACCAGUCUUCUUGGAGGACUUGGUCAAGAUGUUAAUAAUAUGUUUGUUGAUCCGAUUACUUUCCAGCGCGUUAGGGUAUUAAACACUAAUGAUGCUAGCAAUAUAAUCGCUAGAAGAACUAAUAACGAGCCUGCUUCACGUCGUAGAGCGACCAACAGACUUAACCUGGGUAGGACGUUGGGCAGGACGAGUGAUGCUAAUCGUAUGCUUCGUGCCGGAGCUCCAGUCCGAAGAAUACCUACCACAAAUACAUUACGUAGAAGAUUGGGGGCAGGCGCAGCUACCUCUCCUGUUGUAGCAACACGAGGCAGAGCAGAUGCCGAUGAGGAAGAGAACCUCACACCUGAUCAAAGAUUGGCCAGGCGACGCUUAGAAGCGUUAAACAACAUAUUUCAGCCAGUGCCAGCUCCCCUGAGCUCAAUGUUUGCGAAUGCUGGGAACAUGUCGCAGAUCAACGUAGCUUUUGGCCUACCAGCUUACCCAACCAGUAGCACGACCAGUACCACUAGUACCACUACUACCACCACACCUAGUCCGAUUGCUGGAAACUGGAGGGAUUUUCUCAACAGGCCUCUACAGCCGCCCAGGAGUUUCAAUGGAAAUAUUGGAAGAUCGUUAACUCCGUUUGGUACCCGGUUUAGUGGUUCACAACCUCAGGCAUUUGGGAAUAAUGGUGUAGGUCGAAACGUAAUCAGCAGUGCAGCCGCCAGAAACAUCAUGCAGAAUGUUUUAGGUAGAAGUGGAGCCGAACAGGCAUUAACAGGGCUACCAUCUUCCUUUCCCUCUGGAGACCUGAACUCCAUCGUAGCUAGUACUGCACAACGUUUUACCCAACCGAACGGAAACGCCAAUUCCAAUCGACAGGGCACCAAUCAAUUUCGUACUGAUGUGAAUCAACAAGUCAACAACCAGUUCCCUUCCUCGCAGAUCCCGAGCGAGUGGUUCCGAACAAGGGCCACCAAUUUUCAAAUUCAGGAUCCACCUUCUGCUAUAUCCGACCGUUCGGAAGUGAUUAAUACCUUUGUGAAUCAAUUUAAUGGUCAACAACAGAUUCAGCCAGAUAGCAUCAAUACAGUGGCAGAUUUUCCAUUGUUAAAUAGAAUGGUUCAGCAAGGCGUCAAUUCACAAAUAGGAGGUGACGGGAACAGCCUUGCCUUUCAAAUGACUAGCGAACCGUCUUCACAAAUAAGUUCGUUCAUGCAAGUCGCUCCUCAAAACUUCGAGGGAACGUCGUCUACAAUAGACGUUUCACAGCUACCUCAUGGAGAACAAAUAUUUCCUGCAAGACAACAAAGAAGAAAUUUUGUUACUAUCACAAGCAAUGUCCCGUUUAGCAGUAGCAUGUCUCAGGCUCACUCUAAUUCUGGCACUUUGACAAUCAUGCCAAACAUGCAGCAGACCAUUACUUCAGGAAAUAGCAUUCCCUUCAUGUCACAGACUAGUCCAACGGAAACAUUCAUAACAGAAUCAGGAUUUCCAAUAUCUGACGGAACUGUUACUAUUCAAACUCUCCCUGACACCAUGUGGAUUCCUGCAGCUAACAACCCCAAUGAUGGGUUUUCAUUGAACCAGAUUGAUCUCUCCCAGUUUACUACCAACUUAGACGCCCUAGGAGGCACAGGACUGGAUGCACAACCAUCAGUAUUCAUGCCAGCAGCAACUCUUCAAUCAUCCCAAUCAUCAACUGCUACGUUAGCAGCACAAGAAGCAGCAAGAGCAGCGGCAGCACAACAACGAAUCGCCAUCCUUAACGCUCGCAGGAACCAGAUAGCUAUAAAUGCUGCUGCUGCCGCCGCCUGCCGCCGCAGCUGCUGCUAAUGCAAGGUCCCAGACUGCAAGAACUGCUGUUGCAACACAGGCACAGGCUGAAAGGUCAGCAGCUGCAGCUGCUCAAGCUGCUAGGGCAGCUACAGUUGCCCAGGUUGGUAUAUCUGCUGGAUCAACCCAAUUCCUCAGACCAGUUGCAACCUCUCAAGGUACACUACAGCAGGGUAUACGGACAGUUGCGACAGAUUUGUCAUCUGCAGCAGCAGGAAGAUCGCUUACUGCGACUUUACCUGCACGGAGAAGAGGGCCGAUCUUUGCAAUUGUUCCGCUGACAUCACGUGCAAAUAUCGAUGACAUGAGAAAGUUUGUACGGGAACUAUCAGCAUCAAUAUCGCUGACAAGCAAUGAACCGAGUCUGGGAAACAAUGCUUUACAAACGGACCUACUUCCGUUGACAAGUCUGCAAGAAACAGGAGCAAGUGUACCUCAAGGUAUUUCCAUUGCCGGCGAUUCGCUACCACCUGUUACGCCUGUCCAGGUUAUAAACACGGUUUCUGCUGAAAGCAAUAUUCCUGGAGAGGGACCUGUGACCAUUUUGAGCGACGAACCUUUUGCUGUUCCUAUCCCCAUCCAGGACCCGUCAGCCAGACAGGCAGUCCCGAUACCUGUAUCAGCUCAGUGAGAAGGCAAUGAGAUUGUAUUGUGAAAAAUAUCCUCCAUUUGAAAAGACCAAGAAGACAAAUAUUUGGGAAAGACGUCAUUUCUGGAUGUCGUGGAAUAAAUCUAAAAUAACUUAUAGCUAAUAAUGAUUAUUUAUCAUUGGUUUUCACGUAUCAUUGUUUGAUAAUGCAUGAAUAUUUUAACAUUAAAUUACAUGAUCAUUUGCAUAUAUUUAUAAUGUAUGAAACGUUUAUCCAUGAUAACAUACAAAACAUCAAAAUUAGCAAAUCACAACAUGCGACUACAAAUUUAGUCAAUAUAUAUAUCAAGUAUAUAUAUCAGUGUAUAGUUUUAAUAUGACUUCAUGUAAACAUUUUCAUUGUUGUAUAUGAAUCAUUGUUAUAUACCACUGUGUGUAUAUUUAGGGCAUCAUGACCGCAUCUAUUUAGCGUUAAGGACAUUGUAAGAUUUUGUAUAUCAGUCAUUAAUCAUGUUAGUCUUCUAUCAUGUUAUGUUAUUACUUUCAUUUGUGGUAUUCUAUGAAUAUGUUUUACUUUGUAUGACAUUGUAUUUUAAUAAAAUAUAAAUUGACUUUU